AGCAGUGGACUGAAAAUGGCAAAUUACACUGUGAACAAUGUAGACAGCUUUAUAAUCACUGGAUUUGAUCACCUGCAGAACCAAAAGCUCCUCGGAUUCCUCAUCUUAAUAACCUACAUGCUCAUAUUGCUUGGGAACGGCAUCAAUCUGUUUAUCAUCAUGAUUGACAGACAUUUACACAAACCAAUGUACAUAUUAAUCUGUAAUCUAGCUGUUGUUGACAUAAUGUUCUCCUCAACCUGCAGCACAACUAUGAUCUCAGUGCUGCUGGCUGAGAUUAAAACUGUCUCAUACUACUCUUGUAUCUCAAGGAUGUUCUUCUAUCAUGUUGGUGAUUUCACAGAGUGCAUGGCUCUGACAUUAAUGGCAAUAGACAGACUUCUUGCAAUUAGGCUUCCUUUAAGGUAUCACAGCAUUGUAACAAAUUCACGAACAUUUCUGUUUAUUAUACUGACUUGGCUCAUUGCUUUCACUCUAAUGGUUGUUUUGACAUUAGUGGUAGACAAUGUCCCAUACUGUCAGCCUGUUAUCAGAUACGUGUUCUGUGAUUAUCCUUCCAUGAUCAGAGCUGCUUGUGUCAAUCCUGAACCAUAUUUUUUCUUGCCUGCAAUGAUUAAUCUUUGGUGGUUCUGUGGACUGUUUCCCUUUGUUAUGUGCACUUAUGCUGUUAUGGCAUACAGUGUGACCAAACUUUCCAGCAACUCAAGCAGAAAGCAAAUGAUCAACACUUGUUUGAGUCACCUCAUUGUCCUGCUCAGUUUUUAUGCACCAAAGCUAGUCUCUAACUUACUAACUCGAAUAGGAGUUGUGCUUACUUUAACUGAGAGAAAUGCAAUAUUGAUAAUUGCCUCUCUAAUUCCUCCCUUAAUAAACCCCACUGUUUACUGCACCAGGACUAAAGAGAUAAGGAAACGAUUAGCAGAUGUAUUUUUGCGCAAAAGAGUUGUACCGAGUCAUUUAAAGAUUUUAUUGUGA